AUGUUUACAAGAGCAAAACAUGGUGUUCGUCCUACAGCGCGUGAAGCAUCACGUCUUAUGUUGUCUUCAUCUGCUCAGGUGACAACAAAAUCGAACGCUUUAAUGAUGCAAUGGGGACAGUUUAUCAGUCAUGAUAUGGCUAAGACCACUACGCUAAACAAUCAAGAAUGUGCAUCUUGUGUGAAUGGUCAACACUGUUUUAAUGUGUUCAUAUCGAGACGAGAUCCGACAUUUGGUCAGUUCCAAUGUUUACCAGUGGCACGAUCAACGCCAUUGUGCGGAUCUGGGCAGAGCUCACCUCGAGAGCAAUUCAACGAGAACACUGCGUUUAUCGACGCAUCAAACAUCUACGGCAGUUCAGAACGCGAUCAGUUUAUAUUCCGUCAGGGUGCGUUCCUGAAAACGAAUAUCAUCCGGAAUCGUGUAUUCCCACCAGUUGAUAACAGUCAAAACAUUAUCACUGGUGAUGACAGGUCGAACCUGUUCGUGGCUCUUGCCGCAUUACAUGUUCUUUUCGUUAGACAACAUAACAGGUUCGAAUGUGAUCAUUAUUCGUAUUCUUAUUAUCACUACUAUUAA